GUGGAGAUUGAAUGGAACAUUGAGUGGAAACUGCAUCAAAACAGCAACACAGCUGUUCCCUCUGCCACUACAUUUCCCUUUUCUCGUUCAGAACCAAAGAAGAAACACACUCAACUUUCUGACAGUGUGCCAGUGGGAAAAUCAACACAUUGCAGGCGGCCAGUUCUGUGAGGAUGGAAGGCUGGUGCACAGCGGCAGCAAGCGAUCUGGAAAGCUCACAGGAUGUUCUGGCUCAUAGUGAGGGGAACUGAAUGUAAGGGUCGCGAGGUUAUGCUUCAGUUCUAGAGGAGAUUGGUGUUUCCACAUCUGCAGUACUGUACGGUGUUGCUCAACUAUCCUCAUAGAAGGAUGUUAAUGCGUUGGAAACAGUUUAGAGAAGCUGGACGAGUGGCUUUCUAUGUUGUCCCAGUUUCACCUUUGGAAGGAGAGACACUGGAACUGAAUUGUCAGCGCCAAUACUAUUAUUGGAGGACAAAGCAGGACUUUACCUUUUAUAGAAAUGGAAAGAAGAUCCAUUCAAUGAAGUCUACAACAGAUGAAUUUUCAUAUCGCAUUAAAGUAAAAAGCACCGAUGACAGUGGAUUGUACAGUUGCAAAAUUGAUGGGUCAGAAUCACAACAUGUUCACGUUCAAGUUCAAGAACGCUUUGCCAAGCCCGUACUGAGGGUGGAGCCGGCGGCUGAAGUAUUUGAGGGGCUCCGGGUCACGCUGACGUGCAUUGCUCGGAGAGCACGGCGCUCCAUCUGGCUUCACUACACAUUUUACAGAGAUGGCAGCGCCCUGGAGACAGCGCCGGAUGCUGGCGGUGUGUACACAAUCAACGCAGCAGCUGCAAACGUUUCUGGGAAUUACGCCUGUGAAGCGAUCGAGACAAAUUCUGAUCUGUGGAAGAGGAGCGACAAUGUUCACAUUUCCGUUAAAGAGGCAUUCGCUGUCCCUAAGCUGACCGUGUAUCCUGAGGGACAGCUAGUUGAUGGUCAAUGGUUUAAGCUGAUGUGCUUGGUUGAAGAGAAUCUCUCCGAAGCUUCCUUGCGGUACAGCUUUUACAGAAAUGGGAUCCCUAUCCAGUCUCCGUCCGACCACAGCAAUUCCAUCUCUGAGCCAGCUCGUCCGGCCGACUCGGGUACUUACCAUUGCGAAGUUACGGGCAGUAAGGUGCGGAAACGCAGUAAUCAGCUCCAUUUGUCCAUCAGGCGUGAGUACCGUUUAUUAUUGUUCCUUUCUUUAAACUGUGAAGGAUUCAAAGUAGAGACAGAUUAUCAUCAUUCCCCACAUCCACAGCCAUAUAUUAGAGCUGCAGAGACAAACAGCACAGGGUAA